AUGACUUUCAACUCGAAAUCUAGUUACUUUUUUAACAUUAUUAUGACUGAACUAAAUUUCAUCUACUUUUCGAAGACAACAACACUAGUGCUGGAGAAAAAAAAAUUGUUUCUGUAGGUUUGUGUUCGAGUUCUUUUGAGUUGUUUUCUAACGUCAAUUCAAUUCAGGAAAUACAAAUCUUCCAAAUGUUUACUGGUGUUCCCCUUGCAGAAGGGACUCAAAAGAGGUACCUACUAGGCCAGGUUACGUCCACGAAAGAACGCGCUCUCUGAAACCAAGUGUUAAGCAUGGACGAGAGGUUCGUGGACUCGUGGGGCUACAAGGGCGCGGACGGCAAAUUCACGGGGUUGGUGGGACUGCUGCAGAGGGGGCAGGUGGACGUGGGCGGAGUCGUGUCCGUCAUGACGACCGAGCGCCUCGACGUCAUCGACUUCACCACGGACACGACGGCCUUCCGGGCUCGCUUCUUCUUCAGGCAGCCGUCCCUGUCCUCGGUGGCCAACAUAUACGUGAUGCCGUUCAGCAUUGAGGUGUGGGCCACGCACUUCUUCGUCGUAGUCGCACUCACCGCAGUCAUGUUCAUGAUGCAGUGGGUAAAAUGGCGGCCGGCGGGCACAGAGCCGUACUCCCGGGACUGGAGCGAGAUCUUCCUCAGCUCGCUGGGAACCACGUGUCAGCAAGGUUGGCAGAAAACCCCUCAAGACAUUCCUGCCAGGAUACUGUUCAUCUGCUUGAACAUUCUCUCCAUAUUCUUCUUCACGUCCUACUCGGCUAUUGUGGUGUCUCUGCUACAGACGCCCAGUUCCUCUAUAAACAACUUGGAGGAGCUUAUCAAUAGUCCUAUGAAGAUUGCCAUGCAUGACAUCAUCUACAACCACAAUAUCGACAACUAUAUGAACGUGUCGGCCUCGGCCGUGGUGCGGCGGCUGUUCGCGGAGCGCGUGUCGGGGCGGCCGGCGCGGGAGACGUACCUGCCGCUGGACGAGGGCAUGGAGCUGGUGCGGCGCGGCCAGUUCGCCUUCCACGUGGACGUCGGCGCCUACAAGCAGGUGAAGGACACGUGGCGCGAGGCGGAGAAGUGCGACCUGGCGGAGCUCUACAUGCUGCCGCCCUGCGUCACCAGCGUCGUGCCCGUGAGGAAGGGCUCGCCCUACAAGAAGCUCAUCACCGUCAAGAUGCGCAGGGUGCGAGAGGUGGGGCUGCUGGCGAGGGAGAAGGCACGCUGGGGCACGGACAAGCAGCGCUGCCAGGACCGCGGCGCCGUCUUCGUCAGCGUCGGCCUGCAGGACUUCCGGCCGGCCCUGCUAGUGCUCGCCUACGGCAUGCUCCUGUCCGCCGCCAUCCUGCUGCUGGAGUGCGCGCACCACCGGUGGUCCCGCGACACCCACGCUCCACACCGGCCGCGAUGUCGGGCGGAGGUCCCUCCCGUCCUCCUGAUUGAUACACCUCCGCGCAAGUAGUUGUGCGGCUGUAUCUCGCAAACUUCACAAACACUCAUCCUCAAUUAUAUAUUAUUUCCACCAACGUCUUCGCACAAGCACUCCACCACGCAACUCGCCAGCAUCGCUCCUCGACACGAUUUAUAUUUUUAAGUUUCUCCCGUACAGAGGCCCUUCAUCACAUGCACAGCAAGGUUUUGGUAGAAGUCAAGCUUAAAAAUUUUGAUGGUUGCCACUGUUUGAUUUAAUUAACAAGCUUUGCUCAUGAAAGCAAUUAAUGGUAAGUCACUUUUAGACUGCUUGUCGAUGGUCUUCAACAGAGUAACUUCUUAAUGUCACUCACCAGCCUAGCUUCAGCUAGUAAGUUCUGGUUAAAGUCACUACAAGCCUCCAGAAAAAAUUCAUUUUUCAAUAUAUAUUAACUUAUUUGCUUCCAUCGUUGUUAUGAUAGAGUUAUUAUGCCAGAAUCACCUUUAUUGCAAAUUUUCUUAGACAGAACAUGGCAAGCUCGACCGCUUUACACAAUUUCUGAUAGAAGUCUCUUAUGUUUCCUGGCUGUGUAUCUUUCUUACUGAAAAAAAAAAUCCAGCUCGAUAUCCCUCAUCAGCAUCAGUCCUUGCUUAUAGUAUGGUGUUAUGUCCCAGAACAUCUUAGAUUCUUGUCUCGAUUCUUUCUGUUAUAAGUACCAUAUCACCCCACUUACCUAUAGCACAUCAUACUAGACCUUCUCCGCAAGUUUCAUUCUUUGUCAAAUUUCUUUGUUAAGUCCCUUACAAGUAACCUCAAUGAUUUUCACAUGUCUAUUUGAUAUGUUUGAUAUCUACCAUACUCACUUCCUGCUGCAAGUGCUUUUGAAUCUAUCUUAUUAACCUCACUUCUUAUUGUUUAUUAAUCAUGUCCCCUAUUAGAUCUUUUAGUGAUGUUGGGGCACCAAACAAACUUAAUAUGGUAUAUCUGUGAGCUAGUUCACCUGUAGGGCACAAUCACUUUCUCGGGACAUAACGUCACCAAGUGGUCGGCAGACGGCAGAUGGUGGCCUGACAGAUAUACCCCUGGCUUUCAUAGCCAUUAGAGAUGCUAUACUUGUAAUGCCUAUUGAUUAAUGAAAUAGUAAUGGGGUAUUUCUGGUAAGAUUGAUUUUAUUCUACAUUUGACCACAUACAUGGAGCUUUUUGUUACAUGCCCUGUUUAUUCCUGGAGCCAUUUUAAUUAUUAAUCACAUGUUUGUGAUUGCGAGAGCGAAGUUGAGCUGGAAAAUAACUGAAGGCCCUCUGGCCUUAGUUCAAUGCUAAAUGAACAGGAGUCACUGACGCACUGCAUUUAAUUGAAGUUGGCGAAUGAUUACACGAGGUAGGCAUAAUACACAACGAGACUAAUAUUCAUGAAUUACAAUACACUUAACAUAAUGGCUAUCCCCCCAAAUAGCUACACUACAAAACAAAGACUAAUUCGCAUGUGUGCGAAUACAUAAACAAAACGACUUGGCAAAGAGAUGAAUCUUUACAUAGUACACUAAGCUAGACCAUAGCUAAUUAAUAUUCCAUGUGGGCUAAAAUGAAAGCGUGUCCCGAUAGUCCUUGGGCCGUAUUAACACACAAAUUAAAAAAAAAAGUCCAUUGCACAUUUCACCCUGUGCGAGCGAAGCUAAAAAGUCUUUCGACUGAGUCCAGUUACACGAACCCUGGACCGCAUCCUGCGAACAGGCUAAAAUCCUUAAUUCAAAUGAAAAACAUCCCACGGGAAGGCACAAAUAAUUACGUUAUGUGACUGGGAAUUCGAGCCAGCCAUAGGAGGCUAGGAACGGAAAUUAUAAAAAAGGAUUACGAAAAACAAAGGGUAUUGCAGCUACUUCAAUUAUGAUACUAGCCCGGGUGAUGAAAGAAGUAAAACUGAGGGAGCCCAUGGUCUCCACGCACCACUAGAGGCCAACUUCCCGCGAAAACCUGCCAUGCACAACAGAGUAAUUCAGAGAAAGAUUUGAGCAUAGUCGUGUUAAGUCAUAAUUUUUUAUUUAUUAAUUUAAGUCUGUCCCUGAAGAAAUCAUUGCCUUACAAUUAAUAUAACAAUUAACUAUAAAGGAAAAAAACUCUGACCGAUUUCCACUGAAGUGACAAUAGAUACACAGGCCGUGGCGGUCGUUCGCAGAUUUGCACUCGUUGCAUUGCAUUGUCCUGAAGGCACAUUCCGAUCACACACUAUGACGCACACUCUCUAGCGAGGCUCCGAUGUGCCUAAGUGGUGUUUUUGGAUCGAAAGAGCCCCGACGGGUGUCGUAACUAUCAUUGUCUGCUAGACAUCCCUCUGAUCAGUUUUUCAAUAACUCAAAGUUUUCGAAAACCUUUUGCUAUCUCUUUAGUGCACUGUCCUCACCAAUGACCUAAAGUAAUAUAGACUGCUUACCGUCCUGCUUUCAGCAUCAUUUACUGCUAUCGAUGGCAGACUGGGGAACUACUAUCCAAGCGGGAGAAACGGAGAGCUGUUUUGACAGCUUGGUGGGCAAAUUACAGUUGUAAAAGCAUUGGUCCUUAUUGGAGAAAUAUGUAGGUUGCUAUUAAAUCCCCUCGAAAUUCAGGUUUUUCGCAAUUUCACAGUUGUUGAAGGUAUCACAUAAAGAUAGAACGAAUGAAAAAUAAGGUUAAAGACGUUUUCAUUGUAGUGCGAUGUGUAAGUACGAUGUUUAUUGCACUUGAAAAUUAGCUAAUCCUUCUUCGACACAAUGCUUGUCACCAACUUGUAGAGUGGUUGAUGUAGUCUGGGCUGUCUCAAGAUAAGAAUAAGUGAAUCUGUUACCCUAUGAGAUCUCCAGCAAGGGGGGGGGGGGGUGUUCCUGGCCAUGUGGCUGGAGACAGCACUUUAAUUAAAACAAGAUAGAUGAUAAAAUGGUAUGGAUUUAUUACAUAACAGUCACUCAUACAUGGUGCUUCCACAGCACCAAGCUACCGGAGCAUGGCCCUGCGUACUGAGGGAACAAGUAUUGCGGUUACGACGGCAACUAGUAUGAAGGUGUCUGGUGGUUAUGUGGCAUGAAGGUCUGCGAAUGGCAAUGCGCGGCUACAGAUUUAGUGACGCUUAGAAAUUUGUGAUGUGGCACACGAAAAUCACUAGAUGGUUAAUAUGUAUAGAAUACUUAACACUACAAAAACACUAAACUUACAGAUGACCUGAUUUAGACCACAUGCGCGAAGUAUAGUCAUUCAGCACACUUCGCGAAUAUUAGAGUUCAGUUAAAUUAUGUUCCGAUAUUUUUUCAGGACAACUAUAUACCUAAUACUGUGCAUUCAGCUGUAAUUGCGAAAAAUUCCAUAAGUCCAGUGCCACGCGAUGCUCUAUACAACUUUAUGCCACAUUAAAAAUUUGCGUUUUCUUAAAGUUUUUAACUGACCCUGAACAAAAAUGUCACAUGACCCAAAUUAUCAAUCACUUCAAAACCUCAACAGAUUCUCUUAUUCCAUCAACUUUCUACAAUUGACAAUAAUACAAGGGUAAUAUCUUCGGGGCACCCUCUUUUAUGCUGGCAACGAUAGCUAUGAAAAUAGUGUUUUAUUCACCAAACUGUCAAACUGAAUCAUCAACAUGGCUGCCGGCUAUGGUUCAAUUGGAAUCAAAGAUGGCUCCCACUAGCAGUUUAUAUAUCUGUAUGUUGUUAGUCCUCUCCCUUUCAACCCCUUACCCAUCAAUGCAAACAAUUUUUCCACUCAACCAAGAUUUAAGUGGACAAACUUCAUUAAAUCUGAUGUAUAAAUAAUAUAUAUCUUGUGCUUUGUAUUUGUGAAUCUGUAUUGCAUUUGUGAAAAAUUUUAUAUAAAUAAAUAAUAGAUGAUCUCAUCUUA